AUGACUGGCAGCCUUGAUAAAAGUUUCGAAGGGGCUCCAAGAACUGCUCGGGUCGAAAGAUCAACAGAGCAAGGAGUCUCGAGUAGUAAGAUUUCAAGUAUGUUUGCUGGGACACAAGACAAAUGUGUUGCUUGCAGUAAAAAAGUUUAUCCUCUGGAAAAGGUGGCAGUCGAUGGUUCUUCAUAUCACAGAGCUUGUUUCAAGUGCAGCCAUGGAGGAUGUGUGAUAAGCCCCUCAAAUUACGUGGCUCACGAGCACAGGAUUUACUGUAGGCAUCACCACACUCAACUCUUCAAGCAAAAGGGAAACUUUAGCCAGCUGGACAAGAACGAACAAGCUAAAGCCGAAAAUGGGACAUCAUAA